AUGAGGAGACCUUUUACUAUGACAAUGGAAGAAGAAAGUGUCACAUUGUUGCUACAGCAGCUCCAGGAGCUCCGUACGGAGAUGCGGACUCAGAAACAACAGCUCCAAGAAGAGAAUAACAGCUUACGGGCGGAACUACAGGCCGUACGGAACUCGCAGCUGAGAAACCAUCCACCAGUUACUACUACAGUUACAUCUGCAACGCCCACCCCCUACGAACGAAGCUAUCCCCGUCCUCGUCACCCGGAUGUCGAACCCUUUACUGGAGAAGACCCUAAGGACUACCCUCCUUUCCAGAUGAACCUUCGUACGAAGUUUGCAAUCGACGCCGCCUGCUACCCUACAGAGGAGGAACAAGUUUACUAUGCCUACAGCCGCCUGAGAGGAAAAGCCAGCCAGCGUGUACUACCAUGGCUCUUGGCUCGCCAGAAAUCUGAGACUCCCGUGCUAUGGGCAGAAUUCUCCGCGGUACUAGACAAGGCCUUUGGUGACCCUGACCGACAGAGAAAGGCUCUUGUACGAGUGAAUACAAUGAAGCAAGGGAAACGUGACUUUGAAGAGUUCUUGAAUGAAUUUGACGAAGAACUUCUUAAUGCUGGAGGGAUUAAUUGGGAUGAUAACCAGAAGAAGGCCUUGUUGGACACGGCAAUUAAUGUUGAGUUGCUAAAAGCCAUGGUUGGUAUUAGGCAGGAGGAUUCGUACGACAACUACUGUAAUCAACUGCGCGAAAUCAACCACAACCUCCAGAGAGUGGCCAGGCUUACACGAAAAGGAUCUCGCGCUGCUGUCCCCACGCAUGUCGCUCGUACAAGACCAGCAGGAGGCUCUGACCGGACCGGGACCCCUGAUCAAAUGGACUGGGAAGCCACCCAUGCUCAAAUUGCAGCCCUACAAAAGGAAGUCGCGGCCCUCCGCUGCCUGACCUAUGGGGUAAUCAGUGACAAGUUUGUCAAGAUACAUCAAAUACCCACCAUACCUAUCCACCCGAAACCUUUCAAGGGAGUGACCGGGAAUAUAGAGGAGAUUAAUAAGAUUGUACGGGUUCAGCUAGACAUCGGGGCGCAUACAGAAAAAGGAGCCUACUUCUAUGUGAUACCCGAUAACCUGGGCUAUGACUUGAUCUUGGGACUCCCCUGGCUGGAGCAACAUGAUGGAAGGUUAGAGGCUAAGAGGGGCAGGCUGUACCUCUGUACUACUGGAGUCCGUCUAUGGAGUACUACAAAGAGGCCCUUACCAAAGCUGAACAUAGCACAGAUAUCCGCCGCAACCAUGGGAGGAUUUAUACAAAGGAAAAGGUGCCGUGGCCAAGAUAUUGAGAUAUUUGCGGUCUCAUUGGCAGAUAUACAGAAGGCACUGGCCCCAAAGAGACAUAUUGACCCCCGUACAAAGCUACCAAGGCAAUACUGGAAAUACCUAAGGCUCUUCGAACAAGACAAAGCAGAAGAACUACCACCGCACCGGGGAGAUGGGAUUGAUCACAAAAUCGAGCUCGUACAGGAGGAGAGUGGGAAGGAUCCUGAAGUCCCCUGGGGCCCCCUUUACAACAUGACCCAGGAAGAACUAAUAGUCCUCCGGAAAACACUCUCUGAACUAUUACAGAAAGGCUUUAUCCGCGUGAGCCAUUCCCCAGCUGCAGCCCCAGUACUCUUUGUACGAAAACCAGGAGGAGGACUGCGGUUCUGCGUCGACUACCGUGCUCUAAAUGCCAUUACCAAGAAGGACCGCUAUCCAUUGCCCCUGAUCCAUGAGACACUGAACCAAAUUGGACAAGCCAGAUGGUUUACUAAGCUGGAUGUGUCUGCUGCCUUCCAUAAGAUCCGCAUAGCCAAAGGCCAGGAAUGGAUGACUGCCUUCCGUACGAGAUACGGGCUCUUUGAAUGGCUAGUCACCCCUUUUGGGUUGGCUAAUGCACCGAGCACCUUCCAAAAAUACAUCAACUGGACCCUCCGGGAAUAUCUAGAUGAAUUCUGCUCAGCCUAUAUCGACGAUGUGCUUGUCUAUACCAAUGGGGACCUCCGCCAGCACCGGAAGCACGUACGAAUGGUCUUGAAGAAACUGGAAGAAGCAGGCCUAUAUUUGGAUAUUAAGAAGUGCGAAUUUGAGUGCAAGGAGACAAAGUACUUGGGCUUUAUAAUACAGGCAGGGAAGGGAAUCAAAAUGGACCCGGAGAAGGUGAAAGCAAUAAAGGAAUGGGAAACCCCUACUACUAUAAAGGGCGUCCGAGGAUUCCUGGGCUUUGCCAACUUCUACCGAAGGUUCAUCCCUAACUUCUCAGGGAUCGUACGCCCACUGAACAACUUGACAAAGAAAGGGACACCCUUCUUGUGGACUAAGGAGUGCCAGGAUAGCUUUGAUCUGCUUAAGGAAAAGUUUAUUACUGGACCUGUCCUAGCAACCUUCAACCCUUCCUACCGUACGGUAGUAGAGACCGACUCCUCAGGUUAUAAUACAGGAGGAGUUCUCUCUCAAUAUAAUGAAAAAGGGGAAUUGCACCCAUGUGCCUACUUCUCUAAAAGGAAUUCUCCAGCUGAAUGCAACUAUGAGAUCUAUGACAAGGAGCUACUCGCAAUUGUACGAUGUCUUGAAGCCUGGGAUGCUGAACUGCGCUCAUGUGGAGAAUUCCAAGUUAUUACAGACCACAAAAACCUGGAGUACUUCUUCUCCCCAAGGAAGCUGACAGAACGACACGUACGAUGGUCCUUAUUUCUCAGCCGGUUCAACUUCAAGCUAGUAUAUAGGAAAGGGUCAGCCAAUCAGAGAGCUGAUGCACUUCACAGGAGAGACCAAGACAUGCCUGAUGAUGAAGAUGACAGGGUCAAGUCUCGUACGAUGCAACUUUUUACAGAAAAACACUUGGGGAAGACGGUAGUUGCCACCCUCCGACCGGCUGAAGAGCAACCAUGGGAGCCGUACGAAAAAAGUGAUAUGUGGAAGGAGGCACUCAAACAGGAUGAAAGAUAUAGUGAAGCAGUACUGUGCCUGAAAGAUGGAGCAAGGAGAUUUCCUCCACACCUACAAUUGAAAGUCGGAAUCUCAGAAUGCCAGCUGGACGCCCAAGACCAUAUCCUCUUCCGUGGGAGGAGGUGGGUGCCUGAUAGUGAACAGCUCCGUACGAGUAUAAUUCAGGCUGCACAUGACUCUAUAUUGACAGGACAUCCUGGCCGAGAGCAAACAUAUUUGCUGGUUAGCCGUGAAUACUUCUGGCCUAACAUGUCCCGGGAUAUCAGAAGAUUCGUCCGGAACUGUGAUAUAUGUGGGAGGACCAAGUCUUGGAGAGACCAGAGAAGGGGGCUAUUAAAGCCCCUCCCUGUGCCUGAUCGUCCCUGGCAGGAGGUUUCAAUGGAUUUCAUUACAGACCUACCAGAGAGCGAAGGUUGUACAAACAUCAUGGUUAUCACAGACCGAUUAACCAAAGGUGUGAUACUAGAAGGAAUGUCAGAAACUGACUCUGAGAGUGUGGCCUGGGCACUCGUACGAGUACUUAUAAGCAAACACGGGAUCCCGAAGGCUAUCACCUCGGACAGGGGAAGCCAGUUUACAAGUGAUACAUGGGCCCGCAUAUGUACCCUGACAGGGAUCAACCGCCGGCUAUCUACAGCCUAUCAUCCUCAGACUGAUGGAUCAACAGAGAGAAUGAACAGCACAGUGGAAACCUACCUCCGCAUGUAUACCUGCUAUGACCAGAAGGACUGGAACAGGCUACUUCCACUUGCAGAGCUGGCAAUUAAUGGCCGUACAUCAACAGCAACAGGGGUCAGCCCCUUCUAUCUAAGCCAUGGGUACAACCUCAGCCCAUUUACCCCUACCGAGGAGGUAGAGCAUCUAGCUGAAGAACCAACCAAGAGUCCUAUCCAGAAAGGGGAAGCCAUCGUACGGAAAGUUAAGGAAGCCCUAGACUGGGCUCAAGCCUCCAUGGCCUAUUCCCAACAGAAUACAGAGAAUCAGGCUAAUAAACACAGGAGCCCGGCCACAAACUACCAAGUGGGAGAUAAGGUCUGGCUAAGUCUGAAGAACAUCCGUACGGACCGACCCAGUAAGAAACUUGACUGGAAGAACGCCAAGUAUGAGGUUAUAGGCCUGGUGGGCAGUCAUGCUGUACGGCUGAAUACGCCCCCAGGGAUCCAUCCAGUCUUCCAUGUGGACCUGCUUCGGCUGGCUUCAUCAGAUCCACUUCCUUCCCAGAAGAAUGAUGAUAGCCAGCCCCCUAGCAUCAUGGUGAACGGUGAGGAAGAAUACAUGGUAGAGAAAAUCCUGGACGAACGUCGCAGGAGAUACGGGAGAGGUCACCGGCUGGAAUACCUAGUGAAAUGGUCAGGCUAUGCUCAGCCAACCUGGGAAGCUGCCACAGCUUUGGAGGAAGUACAAGCUCUGGAUGAGUGGCUGGAUCACCUUAGUGACUCGGCCAAGGCCUGCGCUGUCCUGAAGGCGGUGAGCCACCUACAAGACUUCCUUGCAACAACAAUCCUUCUUUCUCAUUUCUUCUUUAGCGAUUCCUUCUUGUUCUCCCAGAUUUUGAGACGGAUGGCCUCAUCAGUGAAGAUGUACGUGAUGCACGAUCACUAUCUCACGCGUCCCAAGCAGCUGCUGCGAGAUGAUGAUGCUCCGGAGCGCAUCGCUUGCUCGGCCGCCAGCAUUUCGGAUAACGUGGGCGUCGCCCUCGUCAAGGCCGAGGGCGCGAGCAGUGUCUGA